AUGUUCUUCUGGAUGGUGGUUGCGCUGCUGGUGGCCAUCGCUAUCGUGGUGACCCCAGUAGGGAAGCUGGCCGCUGCCAAGUGCCAGUUGUACGCCCAUGGUCUGGUCUUCAUGGUCAAGGCAAAGGAUCUGCCAAAGGCGUACCGCGGCACCAACUACAUACGCAUGAACACUGCCGGUGACGGCACCAGGGGCAAGCGAAUAAUUCGUGUUGUUUUUAUCCGUCACGGGCAGUCAGUGUGGAAUUCACUCUUCAACUCGUACAACCUCGACUUGCCCGUGCGCAUGGCGAAGGCGGCAAUUCAUGAGUUUACUAACUUCCUCACGGACCCCUUUGGGUCAUGUAUUAUCGACUCCCCACUGAGCAGCAAAGGUAAGAAGGAGGCGCAGGACCUCGCCAGCUUCAUCCGAACAGCCAAGACAAAGAUUUCCUUCGAUCCAGCAACAUCAGUAGUGGUAUCUAGCAAUCUACGCCGCGCGAUGGAGACGGCGCUCGUCGGCAUGUCGCCACGUCUGUUGGUCACGCAGGAGCGUAUCGUGAUGGACUCAGCACUCCAGGAGGGCUCGCAGAACAUCGACGCUCAGAGCUUGUCGACAGAACCCGGGAAGAUUGCGCCAUGUAAGCUCGGCAACAUCACCAAUCCUUUGGAGCUCGCUAUCGUCUUCGACCCCUACCUAAAUGCUGGAAACCGAGUUGCUGGCGUGGACGUUUAUCAGCGCAUGGACGAGUUCAUUAUGCACUUGUUUGGUGGCAGUGGUGAGGCAAGUCUUGUCCCGGCCGCUGGGGGCAGCAACGCUGCUCUCAAGGAGGUGAUCGUGGUGGGCCACAGCGGGUACUUCCGCAACUUUUUUCGUCGCUUCCUCCCACCGCACUCCACUCACCUGUCAAAGAAGAAAAAACUGCAAAAUUGCGCCGUAGUGGCAUUUGAGCUGGCACGUGACGAGUCCAGCGGCGAGGUCGUUGUGGAUGAGUCAACGUUGAAGGUGAUGUACAAGGGAUUUGUGUGA